AACAACGUCAUUGUCAUUCAUUUAAAAGUUUGCGCGUGUCGAAGACGGUGGUUCAUAAAUAAAAUAAAUGCUAUACGUUAAUUGAACAUAACUGCGUCUUGGUUUUAUUUAGUUAAAUCGCAGUCUAGCUUUAACUAGUAAAUGUUAGCUAGAAGUUGCAUAAAUAGUUAGUAAUUUGGACACGUGACAUAUAGGCUAAGUUUUAAUAAACAAGGUAGAAUAAUGUCUGGUGGUAAAGUUCUGGUGAUCGGGAGCGGCGGUCGGGAGCAUGCGUUGUGCUGGAAGCUGGCGGACUCACCGUUUGUGCAGCAAGUAUACUGUGCACCCGGCAGUGUGGGCAUCGCGACAACAAACAAAGUUGAGUGCGUCGAACUCGACAUCAAGGACUAUCCCGCAAUAGCGCAAUGGUGCAAAGAACACGAAAUCGACUUUGUGGUGGUUGGUCCAGAGGAUCCUCUAGCCAAUGGCAUUGUGGACAACCUGACUCCUUUGGGAAUCAAGUGCUUCGGGCCUACAAAGGCAGGAGCUCGCAUCGAAGCUGACAAAGACUGGUCAAAGAGCUUCAUGAACAAGUAUCAGAUACCGACAGCGAGGCAUAAAUCGUUCACUGAUGCUGCUGCGGCCAAGGAGUUUAUUAAUACCGCUCCCUACCCAGCGCUGGUGGUAAAAGCCUCAGGGCUUGCUGCCGGCAAGGGUGUGGUGGUUGCAUCGAACAAGGAAGAGGCUUGCCAAGCAGUAGACGAGAUCCUCACAGACGCAAAGUAUGGGGCAGCUGGACAGGUCGUCGUGGUUGAAGAGCUACUGGAAGGAGAUGAGGUUUCUAUCCUAGCCUUCACAGACGGUGAGACAGUCUCCAUGAUGCCACCAGCUCAGGACCACAAGCGUGUCGGUGACGGAGACACCGGCCCCAACACUGGUGGCAUGGGUGCCUACUGCCCCUGUCCUCUCAUCACGCCAGACCAGCUCCUGGAUGUAAAGGAACAGGUCCUGCAGAGGGCUGUUGAUGGAUUGAAAGCCGAGGGAAUUAAAUAUGUCGGUGUCCUAUACGCCGGCAUGAUGGUGACCAAGUCAGGGCCCAUGACCCUGGAGUUCAACUGCCGGUUCGGAGACCCAGAGACACAGGUGCUCAUGACAUUGCUGGAGACGGACCUUUACAAGAUCUUCAAGGCCUGUGUAGAAGGUACCUUGCGUCAGAUCCAAGUGACGUGGAACACCAAACUGUCUGCCGUCGGCGUCGUCAUCGCGUCCAAGGGAUACCCUGAGACAUCUACCAAGGGCUGUGUUAUUAGCGGUUUAACUCAGGUCCAAUGUAUACCAGGACUAGUAGUAUUCCACAGUGGGGUAGCCCGUGGAGCGAACGGUUCCCUGGUGUCGUGGGGCGGGCGCGUGGUGCUGGUGUGUGCCCGCGCGGGGUCGCUGCGGGCCGCCGCGGCCGCCGCCACGGCCGCCGCGGGACAGGUCGACUUCCCCGGCGCACAUUACAGGAAGGACAUCGCUCACCGGGCCUUCUCCAAAAUCAACGGGCUCUCCUAUCUCCAAAGUGGUGUGGACAUAGACGCAGCUGCGACCCUAGUUCGUCAAAUAGAGCCUAUUGCAACUGCUACCCACCGGCGGGGAGUGCUAGGCAGGCUGGGAUGCUAUAGCGGCCUGUUCCAACUGUCCGCCAUGGAUCCUAGCCUCAAGGACCCCGUGCUGGUCCAAGGCACUGAUGGUGUUGGGACUAAGCUUAAGAUCGCAGAACUAAUGCAGAAAUACGACACGCUGGGCCAAGAUUUGGUGGCGAUGUGUGUGAACGACAUCCUGUGCGCGGGCGCGGAGCCGUUCGCGUUCCUGGACUACAUGGCGUGCGGCCGCCUGCAGGUCCACGUGGCCACCUCCAUCGUACGGGGCAUCGCGGACGCUUGCACGCUGUCGGGCUGCGCUCUGCUGGGUGGUGAGACAGCAGAAAUGCCGUCAAUGUACGAGAUAGGUAAGUACGACCUGGCCGGGUUCGCAGUAGGCGUGGUCGACAACCUCAAACAACUCCCGCGCACCAAGGAGAUCCGGCCCGGCGACGUCGUGCUCGCACUGCCAUCUACAGGCGUACAUAGUAACGGGUACAGCCUGGUGCAGAAGAUCAUGAUGGAGACUGGACAUAGAUACAACGAACCAGCAGCCUUCAGCACCACAAACAAGACUUAUGGCGAAGAGUUCCUAGUGCCCACUGGUAUAUACGUAAAGGCCCUAUUACCGGCCAUUAAGAAGCAGCUCAUCAAAGGACUCGCCCAUAUCACCGGCGGAGGCCUAUUGGAGAACAUUCCCAGGAUCCUACCUCCAGGCAUCAAAGUGAAAUUGGACGCUACGAAGUUUAAUAUUAAGCCCGUUUUUGGAUGGCUGCAGGCUAAAGGAGUUGUAUCAGACUUCGAGAUGCUCCGUACAUUCAACUGCGGUGUCGGUAUGGUGGUGAUCGUGGACCCAGUCUGCGUAAAAGAGUUACUGGACUCUGUGGACGAAGAGAUCGCAGUCGUAGGCGUCGUGGAAGCCAUGGGCAAGGAAGGAGGACACCAAGUUGUCGUAGAAAACUUCAAGGAAGCGAUGCACCCCCUCACAUCUCCGUACGUGGCCGGAGACAGGGCGUCUCCUCAGAAGUCACUCUCCUACAAGGACAGUGGAGUGGACAUUGAGGCUGGAGACUCUCUUGUGUCUCUUAUCAAGCCUUUGGCAAGGUCUACAUCACGUUCAGGAGUGCUCGGUGGACUCGGAGGUUUUGGAGGCUGCUUCCAAUUGAAGGCUGUUGAAGAAGAAUAUAAGGAUCCUGUCCUCGUCCUAGCAGCCGACGGAGUAGGCACCAAGCUAAAGAUAGCUCAGAAAAUAAACCAGCACAGUACUAUCGGUAUCGACCUGGUCGCCAUGUGUGUUAACGACAUACUUUGUAACGGGGCGGCGCCACUUACGUUUUUGGACUACUUCGCCUGCGGUUCCCUAGACGUCAAUGUAGCCAGGAAUGUUGUUUCGGGAGUCGCUGAGGGAUGCAGACAAUCUUCUGCUGCUUUGAUUGGUGGUGAGACAGCUGAAAUGCCAGGUAUGUACGAGCCAGGAGUGUAUGACAUCGCCGGCUUCGCGCUCGGAGUCGUUGAGAGAUCACAUAUACUGCCCAAGAUCAACGAUAUCGCGGUUGGCGACAUAAUCAUCGGUCUGCCUUCUAACGGAGUCCACAGCAACGGCUUCAGUUUGAUCCACAAGUUGAUGAAGAAGUCCGGCCUCACGCUCAAUGACAAGGCUCCAUUCAGCAAAGAGGGACUUACUCUUGGCGAGGAGCUGAUCAAGCCGACCCGUAUCUACGCGCGCAGCGUGCUGCCGGCGCUGCGCGGCGGGCGCGUGAAGGCCGUGGCGCACAUCACGGGCGGCGGCCUGCUCGAGAACAUCCCGCGCGUCAUCCCGCCCGCCGUGCGCGCGCGGCUCAACGCGCACUGGUGGCACGUACACCCCGUGUUCUCAUGGAUCGCGGACGCUGGUGCGGUACAAGACGAGGAGAUGUUGAGGACUUUCAACUGUGGUAUCGGAAUGGUACUCGUCGUGUCGCCGGAAGAUCAAGCUGAGGUAAUGAACACAACUCGUGCAUUCGGCGCGAUGGUGAUCGGAAGCAUACAGAAGCGUCCAGCAGAUGGCGCCCGUGUUGUUGUAGACAACUUCGCCUCAGCCAUGGACUUCACAAGAAGAAUGCCGCUCUUACCUAAAAAGAAAGUGGCAGUCCUAGUAUCAGGUAACGGCAGCAACUUGCAAGCGUUGCUGGACACGACGCGCGAGGCGGCGCAGUGCAUGUGCGCCGACAUAUGUCUCGUAGUCAGCAACAAGAAGGACGCAUACGCUCUGCAACGCGCUGAGAAAGCUGGGGUGCCUGCGAUGGUAUUCAACCACAAAGACUACGCCUCACGGGAGGAGUUUGACCGCGCCGUGUCUGAAGCACUCGAGGCACACAAGGUAGACAUCGUCUGUCUCGCCGGGUACAUGAGGAUCCUGUCCAGCGAGUUCGUUAAGAAAUGGCACGGUCGUCUGCUGAACAUCCACCCGUCGCUGCUGCCGCGGCACGCCGGGCUGCGCGCCCAGCAGCAGUGCCUCGACGCCGGCGACAGGGAGAGUGGCUGCACCGUGCACUUUGUCGACGAGGGCAUGGACACUGGCCCGAUUAUCCUCCAAGAAAGAGUACCAGUACUGCAGAAGGACACGGUAGAGUCCCUGACAGAACGUAUCCACGAGGCGGAGCACCGCGCCUACCCGCGCGCACUGCGCCUCGUCGCCACCGGACGGGUCAGGCUCAACCAUCAGGGGACGCUCAUGUGGUACUCUUAGGGACUAGGGACCAUGGUUCUGUAACACUCAUAUAAUGUAGGUUGAUGGGAGGUACUUCUUAGUAUUUUCAAACCAUUUAAAAUUAUAUAAAAAAGGCACAAAAUCAAAUCGUAUAUAGGUAUGUGUUCUUAGUCAGAUUUUCUCCAUUCAAAAUGAUUUGUGUCGAGUAGGUUAAUUGUGCAAUAUCCAGCCUGUCUCCCUGUUCUUGUUGGGAGACAAAUGGUCAAAAGCAUCGACUCUUGUAAAACUCUUUCUUUCUGUUCUUGCCCUUUUUUAUAUGCUAUAUAAUUUUAUUAUCUUUAAAACAAUGCAUUUAAGUUAGUAAUAUUUUUAGUUAACUAUAUUGUUCAAUCGUUGAUAUUUCUUCAAAGCUAAGAUUGUUUCCUGUCAACCUAAUAUAAAAAGUAAAUUGAUUAGCAUAAACCUUAGGUAUAUAUUAUGAAACAAAUCGAAUAUGUAUGAAACUAUAGACUUGAACAUUUCAAUCUCAAUAUUAUGGGACCAAAUAUGUAAAAACAAUAUACAUAACUUUACAUUCCUAUUACGUCUUUAAAUAUUAGUUUUUUAUACUUGAAAUUUUAUUAUAUUUAUCAUAAAAUUAUGGAAUAUAGAGAACCUCGAAUUUGUAUAUAAGAGUAAAGUUAUCACAUUAUUAGUUAAGUAUAAUUAUAUAUUGAACUGUUAGUAAAAGUUUUUUUAUAUAAAUUUUAUUAAAAACAAUGCAAUAUACUGAUUAGUUUACUGAAGAAAAUUAUUUGAUAUUAUACAUCUUUAUUUACAUUGUAUGAAGUGCAAUAAUCGGCCGACUAUCGCCAGUACAUAAAGCAGGAAACAUACUAUUGAUUUGCGUCACGACCCAACCAAAUAGAACACUUUGAUUAGUAGAUGAACACUUUUGAAGAUGUCAUGUAUGAUGACCAAAGCUUUACGCAUUGUGUGUUAGGAUAGUAUGUUCCCAGCUUUAUCUGAUUCUGGUCAGAAGGUUCAGUUAUUAUUGUUAUGUCUAUUCCUAUAUUAUGAUAUUACUUUAAAUAAAACGCAUGAUUAUGAAAUGCCAU